UCGAGGGAGCUGAUGGGGGGGGAGGGGGAGGGAAGACAAGGGGAGGCAAGAAUGGGGAGGAAGGAAUAGAGGCGGUUAGGAAAAAGGCAGCCCGGCGCGUCCGCUCCCACGUCCGAGCGGGUGAGGCGGAGGGGAAGAUCGACCCAGGGGAGUUCGCUAAGUUGGACUAAGUCGUUCCGCGCCACGUGGCUUCCCACCUCUUCUCUGCCGGCUUGACGGAUCGCCCCCAACAGCAUCCCGGUGCGGUGGUAAGAAGGAACGAAGCAGGAAGGCAGUAUGAUUCCGGUGGCUGAAUUCAAGCAUUUCACAGACCAGCAGCCUGCUUUUAAGGUUCUCAAGCCAUGGUGGGAUGUGUUAGCUGAGUACAUCACCAUAGCCAUGCUGAUGAUAGGUGUUUUUGGCUGUACUCUGCAAGUGAUACAUGACAAGAUUAUCUGCCUUCCCAAUCAUGUUCCCAGCGGUACAGCUUUUACUGAUUUAACUUGUGAAGAUUUCACCAAGAAGAGAAUCAAUACCUCUGAACCAAUCAAGUCUUCUGUCCACCGGGAAAUGAGUGGAUUACAGAACAACCUAGACCUCCAACAGUACAGCUACAUCAAUCAGAUGUGCUAUGAGACAGCCCUUCACUGGUAUGCCAAGUACUUUCCUUAUCUUGUUGUUAUCCACACACUCAUCUUCAUGGUGUGUGCCUCUUUUUGGUUCAAAUUUCCUGGUACCAGUUCCAAGAUUGAACAUUUUAUCUCCAUUAUGAGCAAGUGCUUUGACUCACCCUGGACUACUCGAACCAUCUCAGAAGUUUCUGAGGAAGAGAAUACAAGCUCAGGAAAGGCGAAUCAGAGUAGGAAAAGUAAUGUUCCCAGUGAACUGAUUGAACUUUCUCCUUCAGGAGGAUCAGUUACAAGAAAGAAAGUUGCGGAGUCCCCCUCCACUAGCAUGUUGGGCAAAAAGGAAGGUGAGGAAGCCAAGGCUCUGUUUGAAAAGGUGAAAAAGUUCCGGCUCCAUGUAGAAAAAGGAGACAUCCUUUACACAAUGUACAUUCGCCAAACCGUUCUCAAAGUUUGCAAAUUUCUAAUUAUUAUUAUCUACAAUGCAGUCCUGGUUCACAAUAUUAAGUUCAUAGUGCCCUGUAGUGUCAAGAUGGAGGACAUGACAGGCUAUGACCAUUUCUGCUGCAAUCACACCAAAGCCUAUCUCUUCUCUAAGCUGGCUAUCUGCUACCUCUGUUUCCUUGGUGUAUACGGUAUGACCUGCCUUUAUACUCUUUACUGGCUCUUUCACCGGCCACUCAAAGAGUACUCAUUUCGCUUUGCUCGUGAGGACACUGGCAUCAAGGACAUCCCUGAUGUUAAGAAUGACUUUGCUUUCAUGCUCCAUCUCAUAGACCAGUAUGAUUCCCUUUACUCCAAGCGCUUUGCCGUAUUCCUCUCUGAGGACAGUGAGUUCAAACUUAAACAGCUGAACCUCAAUCAUGAGUGGACAGUUGAUAAACUGCGGCAGAAGCUGCAGAUGAACCCUAGUGGGCACCUAGAACUCCAUCUCUUCAUGUUGCCUGGGUUGCCUGACACUACUUUUGAGCUGACUGAAUUGGAAGCUCUAAAAUUGGAAUUGCUCCAAGAUGUUACUUUUCCAGUCUCAGUAACUCAGUUGAUCAAUCUCCAAGAGCUAGCGCUGAUCAACUGUCCUGCUAAGCUGUCCUUUACUUCCCUUAAAUUCUUCCGUGAACAGCUGAAGGUGAUGAUUGUAAAUUUUGAUGAUAUAAAAGAUAUACCUGUGUGGAUUUACAAUUUGAGAGGUUUGGAAGAGUUGUACAUUUCUGGAUUUUUCAACCAGGAGAUGGGCCGGACAGGAACUCUAGAAAGCCUACGUGAGCUAAAGAAUUUGAAGGUCUUUACACUGCAUAGCAAUGUCUCAAAAUUGCCACCCAGUAUAGCUGAUCUGGCCACUCACCUGCAAAAACUCAGGAUCUAUAAUGAUGGGACUAAGUUGGUGGCUCUCAACAAUCUCAAGAAGCUCUUCUCUGUGCAAGAGGUAAAACUGAUAAACUGUAACCUGGAACGUAUCCCCCAUGCUGUCUUUAGCCUUGUGAACUUGCAAGAGUUGGACUUGAAGAAUAAUAAGUUGGUUUCCAUUGAGGAAGUCAUCAGUUUCCAGCACUGCCGAAAGUUGAUGUGUCUCAAACUUUGGUACAACCAGAUUUUCACCAUCCCUGAACAUAUCCGGAAACUCAAGACCUUAGAGCAGCUUGACCUCAGCCACAAUUACAUUGAAGUCCUCCCUUCCCAACUGUUCAUGUGCACUAGGCUGCAUUAUUUGGAUCUUUCUUACAAUAACAUCCAGAUCAUCCCUUCUGGGAUGGGAGUUUUACAAAGCCUUCAAUAUUUUGCCGUUUCUCACAAUUGCUUGGAGACAUUGCCUAAUGAAAUGUACUUCUGCAAGAAACUCAAGGUUCUCAAAGUAGAACACAACAAACUCCGACGCCUCUCAGAUCGCAUAAGCUGGCUGACUUUGCUCUCCAGGGUAGAGCUGAAAGGGAACCAGCUUGAAGCCUUGCCCCUGGAGAUUGGUCAGUGCCAAUUCCUUAAACGUAGUGGUCUGGUGGUGGAGAGCAAUCUUUAUGAGACAUUGCCUUUAGAAGUAAGGGUAAAAAUGGAGGAUGAAUGACUGAGAUGAAGGACAGUAUAAUUUCUCAGGUGUUGACUGUACAAGCACAGAACUGGAACACAUAGGAAUCUGGCUCCAUUCAUCCCAGAUAUUGUCCCAGUAGUCCCACCCUUUUUCCCCAUGUCACCGUGGAAUGGAUGUGAUAAGUCUAAGACUAGCAAAUCUGUAUCUCAGGAUGAAAUCAGGAGGGAAAUGAUAGCUCUAAUCCUAAGAAGAGGUGGAAAUUGGAAACCUCAGCAAACAGAAGUUGAAAGUGACAUUUCAGUUUUGUUUUGUUUUUGUUUUUCUGAAAAACACCAGUUUUCAGAACAGAUAAAUAGGAGAAAUUAUUCAUGAGAAAAAAUAGCUGAACCAGAUCAAAGCACCAUUGUACUUAAUUUUUUGUGUGUAUGUGUAUACAUAUUUUUUAAAUGCUCUGAAGGUUUGCUAAACACUCUUGUUCAAAAGGAUUCAUUUGUCCACUCUUAUGCCGCAGCUUCUAAAUGCCAUGUUUGAUUUUAUCACAAGGGAUUCUGGGCAGUGUCUUGCCUAUUUAUUGCAAUAGGUGAGAGUUAUAGUCAGGGACUGGGAAUCUUACAUUACCAAAAGAGUGUAGCUCUCUUUAUUCUGUUCUUUGUUAAAAGAAUUGUGCCCUGAAAUGUUGACAAACUAAACCACAAAGCAUUUGCUUUGAUCACUAAGGAUUCAGCAUAUGGCAUAACGUUUGAUUUUUCUAUGUCAGAUUGGCUUGAAACCUAUCCAACAUUCUGCCCGUGGGAGCAUCCUCACAGUGCAGUUCCACUCAUGGAGGAUGACUAUACACAGUUUCCAUACAUAGCAAGUACUGGGAGAUACCAGAGCAGUCCCUAAACUUCUUCUAAGUCUGUCAGAUGACAAAGCUGUAGGAGAUAUACAACUUAACCUGUUGUACAUCUCCUUAAUGAGACUGUUUGCCCUCAGAUGAAUACCCAUUCCAUUCCCAAUAUUAAAGGAAGAUUCAGCUUUCGAUCCUACUAGCUUCUGCCUAUAGAAUGGGGGCCAUGAAGUUGUCAUGAAUUCUUAAAGACCUUCACAAAGGACUCUUGAACAAGCUGUGUAUUCAUGAGAUAAGAAGAAUCCUGCUGAUUCAUCUGAAGAAGGCAUUAGAUCUCUGCCUUAAACUCCUGCCCUGGAGGUACCUCUGACAUACUGUCUAGGCAGUGCCUUGCUUCUAAUCAGAGCAAGCGGUACCCCAUUGAGGUAGCAUCAAGCAAAUGCUUCAGUGGGAGUAUGAAUAUAUGUUAUAGGUGGGAAGACUUCAAAAGACUUUUACAUGAGAAACAACCCAGUUUUCCUAGAUAAUGUGUAUCAAUGCAGGCCAUCUCUGAUGGGAGUCUCAUUAUUUUGUUUUGGUGGCAAAAUAUAUGCACAGCAUCUAAACAUGUUAAAAACCAAAGACAAGACCAGUGCUUAUACUGUAUAGUUAAAAGCAACAGUGCAAGAGAAGAAACAUGCACAGCUUUAAAGAAAUUUCAAAGAUAACUGUACAAGACCUGGGAGAGGCCAAUCCUUUAUUUAUUUAUUUAUUUAUCUUGAUAUAGUAUGAAUUACCAACAUUUCUCAGCAGUUUGGCUGGCUGGCUGGUCGGUUAUGUGCCAGUUUACUUAAUGGUAAACCACUAGUAUUUUAUACAUAGUGUCUCAGGUUCACCUCCAGCUAAAAGAAGAAAUGGCUGGUGAUAGAAGAGAUUUAGAUUUCAUUCACAAGGGACUCUUUAAGUCUAGUUUUUGUCCUAUUUUUGGAUUCUGACACCAGCCCUAAGUACCAACACUGCCUAUAUAUAUAAAGUUUAUAUAUAUAUGUGUGUGUGUGUGUGUAAAAUGUUUAUAGAUAUAAAUUUUGUGUGUGUGUGUGUAUAUAUAUAUAUAUACACAUAUGUAAAAUGUUCUUCGCAAUUAGAGCUAGUAUCAAGAGUUGUACUUUUGCCAAUAAAAUAAAGAGUCAAGUAGCAUUUUAGAAACCAAUGCAUAUAUUGAAAUAGGUAUUAAUGGACUACAUUUCACUUUUAUAUUCAUAAACCUGUAUUAUUAGGUAUAUGUACUUCCAUAAGGAAGAGAUUGAAAACAUAAAUAUAUAGUUAUAUCAUUAACUGUUUGGCUGUCUAAAUAGUCACUGGUAAUGACUCGGACCUGUAGGGCAAGCAAUAGAGGAGUUAAAUUCUUUUGGUUCUUGACCAAUGAAACUUUAUUCAAGUGCCAAUGAAAUUUAUAAGACUACAGCAACCUUUCUCACCCUUUUAACCUGGAGGAAACUUGAAAUAAUUUUCAGGUCUCAGAGAACUCUUGCACAAAAACUGCAAAAACUACAGAAACUUCGCAAUACAAUUCACUCAGUAAGAGGUUGAUUGCAUCUUCUGUUAUUAAGAAUGUUGUUAUGAUGAUGAUGAUGAUGAUGAUGAUGAUUAAUAUCACAUUACAGCCUGAUUCAUGUAACUCAUUAAAGUAAUUAUCUAGUUAGUUUAUAGCUUAGCAUGUGUAGACAUAGCCAAUUGUGAUUUAUUCAAUAACAGUUAAAUCAGUCAUAACUUAACAUGAAGUUCCUAACUUUCACAUAUCUCAAGGUACAUAUAUGUUUCCUGCAUUUUAUUUUCUCAUACACUCCUUUGAGAUAGUCUUGAGAUAUAUCAUAUAUUAAAUCAA